AUGCUGAAAUCAACCUAUAAAUGUCUUAACAUAAGUAGUACACUGGAUAUUUCAAAAACUAUUGCAAAAUUGCCUACGUUCGAUAACAUUGUAAAGCAAAUACGUAAUAAUAACAAUACUAAUAAUAAUGAAUUAUCCUCGCCCCCUUCCAGUAUACCAAAGAUUCAAGGUUGGAUCCAAUCUAUGAGAGUCAUGAAAAAUGUUACUUUCAUUGAUUUAACAGAUGGUUCUACUUCGACUGCUUUAAAAGUUGUUAUACCAACAGAAACAACAAAGGGCAAUCACAAUACCCCUCAAAAACAAGAUCCUGUUACUGUGAAAGCCUUAAAAAUAGGUCAAAGUAUAUCUAUAACAAAUGUGCUUGUUAACAAAACACCCAAUAGAAUUCAGGAUUUCGAAUUAAAAUUCACUUCAAAUUCAAACUUGAAUAUCAUUGGUGAUAUACUACCUGAUUACCCAUUACAAAAGAAAACACAAUCUGUAAAAUAUUUAAGAUCAAUUAAUCCAAUAUUUAAAUUCAAAACUGAUUAUUUCACUAAACAAUUGAAAUUUAGAUCUUUUAUCGAAUAUAAUAUUCAUUCUUACCUUUGGAAAAGCAAUUUCAUCAAGGUGACUCCCCCCAUAAUAACAAGAAAUGAUUGUGAAGGUUCAAAUAAUGAAUUGUUUAAAAUAGUCUCAAACACAACAGCUACUAAAAAGAAUGCGAAUAAUGAUAUUACCAAGGACGUUCAACCCGAGGAUCCAUACUUGACUGUAUCUGCUCAAUUACAUUUAGAAACUUUAUUAAAUUCAACGAAUCGUACAUGGUCAUUAAUUCCAUGCUUUAGAGCAGAAAAAAGUAACACAACCCGUCAUUUAUUAGAGUUCUGGAUGUUAGAAAUGGAAUUCGCUUUCAUUAAUGAUCUACAACCAUUGCUAAACUUUAUUAAAGAUUUCAUCAUUCAUCUAACUGAAAUGGCAAUGAUUGAAAAUGAAACUUUAUUACCAUCCUAUUAUCCUCCUGAAGUAGAUAAUAAAGAUACUAUCUUGAAAAGAUGGGAAUCAUUGAAAAACCGUACCAAUUGGACCACAAUAACGUACGAUAAAGCAAUAAAUUUAUUACUCUCUGAAUCAAGAGAAACGACGAACUUCAAAUUCGAACCGAAAUGGGGGAAUGCAUUACAAUCAGAACAUGAAAAAUUUUUAACUGAAAAAAUAUUUAAUGGUCCUGUGUUCGUUACUAAUUAUCCAAGAGAUUGUAAAUCAUUUUACAUGAAACAAUCCUCUUCAUGUUCAUCUGAAUCGAGAAAUACACACCUAACUGUGGCUUGUUUUGAUUUAUUGGUGCCAGGUAUGGGUGAAAUUAUUGGUGGUUCAUUAAGAGAAGACGAUCCAAUUAGAUUACAAAAUGAAAUGAAAAGAAGAGGCAUGAAUUUGAAUCAUGAAUUAGAUUGGUAUCUAGAUUUACGAAAAUAUGGUUCUGUGCCACAUGGUGGAUUUGGAUUAGGAUUAGAAAGAUUACUUUCUUAUUUAUUCGGUAAUCAUAAUAUUAGAGAUUCUAUUCCUUUCCCAAGAAGUGCUAAAUCUCAAAUUCAAUUAUAA